UCUUUACUUGCAGAAGCCAUUCAUGCCAUAUUGGUUUACAGCCAAAAUGUAGAAGAACUUUUGAAACGCAGGAAAGUCUAUCGAGAAAUAAUUUUUAAGUAUUUGGCAGCACAAGGAAUUCCAGUGCCUCCUUCCUCUGAGAAACAUCUACUCAUUGAUCGUGUAAAGCAGUACUGGAGCGGGCAGCUCACAACACAUGUGUCAGAGUCAGGGGAGAGAAAACCACACACAGAGAGUCGUGGAGAGAGACAAAAGUCACCACAAGAUGACAUUCAUGAUCUAGGAGAAGAAUUCUGUCAAUGGUUCUUCAAACUCCUGAAUUCUCAACAUCCCUUGGGAGUAAAAUCUGAAGAAAGAUGGGGACCACAGCAUUUUUGGGAGGAUGCCAAAAUGAAGUUCUGUUACAACACGUUAGAAAAAAACAUGGAAGAAUAUGUUGGUGCAGAAAUGGUGAGCCUUCGUCUGCUGUCCUUGGUUAAAGAAGAAUAUCUUCUAUUCAACCCUAAUUUGAAUGCCAGUGGACUGAAAUGUGUCAUGUCUCCACAUGGGUUAGUACUGGUGGCAGUGGCUGGCACGCUACAUAGAGACAAUACUUGUCUGGGCAUCUUUGAACAAAUUUUUGGACUCAUUAGCUGUCCUGUUAGGGACAAUACCUGGAAAAUAAAAGUUGUGAAUCUUAAAGUAGUUGGACAGAAUGUUCUGGAGCCUGGGAUGCAAAUCGAGAAACCCUCCAUAAAAUACGAGUCAUACCAACUGCAAGAGUUGUAUGAUGGGAAAGAACUGAGUGUGAAGCUCUGAAAUUCUGAGCAGUUUUUUCACAGCUGAAUGUGGGACCACACACCCCUUGUAGUGCAUAGUUGAAUAUUGAAAUGGUUGCAGCCAUGAGAUGUUGUCUCUUUUUUGAGUCAGACUUGCUGGAUGACAAACUGAGAUACAGAGUCUAAGGUAUUAAUACAAGCAAUGCUUUUGGGCACCUUUCUGAGUGUUAACAAAUAUUUCAGAGUAUUAUUUUAGAUUUUGUACUGUAGUUAAGAAUGGAGUUACUUUGGUUACUCUUGGUUAUGAAACAUGGUUACAUUUAAAUAUGGGUUGGCAGCAGUAUGUAAUGAACUAGAUGACACAGGGUUCACAGUCUUCAGGUUGUUUCUCUUCAGGUCUCCAGUUUAAACUCUUGCCUGAGUUGUAACAGAAAGUCAUUACAUCUGCCUUUUGGAAAUUAGGAUUGGUGAGUGUCUUAAGUGGACAUCUAAGUCUCGAGAAAACCAUCUGCAGCCUUAGGAGUUUUUGGAGAGAACAGACAAAAUACUGUGAAUGGAGUCUGCUGCCAUUUAUGUUCUAAAUGUAGUUCCGUCACGGUACCGUUGAAGUUUUUUCUCUUUGGGUUAAUAGCUUCCUUUCCUUUAUUACUGAUGGUUCCAACUUCAUAGUGAAUACAGAAAGACUCUCUGUUGUUCUAUCUAUGUCCCCAAGCAGACAAAUUUGAGAUGGUUGCCCAGGCAUCCAUUUCUAGCAUUGACUCUCCUGGAUCAAGCAGUCGAUUUCAUGACUUAGAGCAGCACUGUAUGAACCAAAUGCUUUGAUAAUUAUUUUGUAUAUACUUACAACAGAGUUUUUAAUAUAUUAGUUGUGAUUUUUGUAUGUGUUCUUCAAUUAAGAAUUUUAUCUAGUUUAAGCUGCUAUAUUACAUUGACUAGAAGUCAAUUUGUUAACACUGGGCAGUUACGACAGGUGAUAUUAAAUAAUCCAGUUACUACUUAAUAACAAAUUAUUGCUGUUGUAGAACUUGCAUUUUUCUACCUUUUUUUU